CUGCCAAGUGAAGGAUUUUUUACAAACACUUUUCCAUCCCGACAAUUUCUAUUCCUUCUUUGCGUGUGGUGGUUACAGAGCGGGGACUGGGCAGAAAGGUGGCACAGACUCCAGCAGGACGACACAAACCAAGCUGAAAACCUCUGGCAUUGCACUUACUGGCUAAUGAGAGUGGUGGAACUAUGGAGACCAGCAGCCAGAGCUCACCCCACACCACCCCUGGAAUGGAAGCCUUCCCCAAGAAAUCCCUUGAUACCAUAGACAUUGUUGUUUUAGUGCUUUAUUUUGUGUUUGUCCUGGCAGUCGGUUUGUUGUCGAUGUGUCGCACCAAGAGGGGCACGGUGAAAGGUUACUUCCUGGCAGGAAAAGACAUGGCAUGGUGGCCUGUGGGUGCCUCUCUGUUUGCCAGUAACGUGGGCAGUGGCCAUUUCAUUGGCUUAGCUGGCUCUGGAGCUGCAUCAGGUAUCGCUGUCACUGCCUAUGAAUGGAACGGCCUGUUCUGUGUGCUUGCCUUGGCUUGGCUGUUCCUGCCGAUCUACAUAUCUGCUGGGGUCACCACUAUGCCAGAGUACCUACAGAGGCGAUUCGGAGGAAAAAGGAUUCAGAUAUUCCUGGCCAUCUUGUAUCUGUUUAUCUACAUAUUCACAAAAAUAUCUGUUGACAUGUAUGCUGGGGCGCUCUUCAUCCAACAAGCUCUGCAAUGGGAUUUGUAUGUGGCAGUGAUAGGAUUACUAGUCAUUACUGCUAUUUAUACUGUAGCUGGUGGAUUGGCGGCAGUGAUCUAUACAGACACGCUGCAGACAGUGAUCAUGAUUAUUGGAGCACUCAUCCUCAUGGCUUAUAGUUUUAUUGAGAUUGGAGGUUUUGAGGCUUUGCAGGAAAAGUAUUUCCACGCCAUUCCCAAUACUCAUUCUGGGAACAGCACAUGUGGGAUUCCAAGAGAGGAUGCAUUUCAUAUAUUUAGGGACCCGGUCACUUCCGAUCUUCCUUGGCCUGGAGUGCUGGUGGGAAUGACCAUACCAUCGCUCUGGUAUUGGUGUACUGAUCAGGUCAUUGUUCAAAGAUCCCUCUCGGCCAAGAACCUUUCUCAUGCCAAGGCUGGAUCGUUACUAGCUGCGAGCCUCAAAGUCCUGCCCCUCUUUAUGAUGGUAUUGCCUGGAAUGAUUAGCCGAGUUCUGUUCACAGAUCAGGUGGCAUGUGCAGAUCCGGAGCUCUGUAAGGAAAUUUGUGGAAACCCAUCAGGCUGUUCAGAUAUUGCCUAUCCUAAGAUGGUGAUUGAGCUGCUACCAACAGGAUUAAGAGGUCUUAUGAUGUCAGUUAUGAUUGCUGCUCUCAUGUCCUCACUGACUUCCAUUUUUAAUAGUGCUAGCACCAUCUUCACCAUGGAUCUCUGGCGCCACAUCCGACCACGCUCUACAGAAUGGGAGCUCAUGAUCGUAGGAAGGGUUUUCGUCUUAGUGUUGGUGGUUGUUUCCAUUUUGUGGAUCCCACUUGUUCAGGCCAGUCAGGGUGGGCAACUUUUUAUUUACAUCCAAUCCAUCAGCUCCUAUCUUCAGCCUCCUGUGGCUGUGGUCUUUAUAGCAGGCUGCUUCUGGAAGCGUACCAAUGAAAAGGGUGCUUUCUGGGGAAUGACCAUCGGUCUGGUUGUUGGCCUCAUUCGAAUGGUGCUAGAUUUUAUCUAUGUAGCCCCACAGUGUGACCAACCUGAUACCCGACCAGGAGUUGUGAAAUAUGUCCACUACUUGUACCUGUCCAUGAUCCUUGGGUUACUCACACUUUUGGUGGUGGUAGCAGUAAGCUUAUGGACUGAACCCCCUUCCAAACAGAUGAUCAGUCGUCUCACCUGGUUCACACGCUUUGAUGCAGAAGUAGAAGACCCAGUGGAGACAAACCACAGACCUGCUGAAAAUGGCAUCAGUGUCGUCGAGGACAUCUCAGAAGAACCACAUACAACAUCCACAGAUGCCAUUUAUAAUGAUACAACAGAUGAUAAUCCCUCUUCCUCUUCCCUUCUGAAGAAAACCAUACUCUGGUUAUGUGGGAUGGACAGCAGGAAAGGAAACAAACAUGACCAGGCUCCUCCUGCUCCAUUAGAACCAGCUGAAGUGUUGCUGUAUGAACGUCCCCUUCUGAAACAGGUUUUAAACACCGCCGUUAUCCUCUGCAUGAGCGCAGGAGUCUUUCUGUGGGCUUACUUUGGCUAGAAAAACCGAAGGAAUUCUCCAGGAAACACUUUUGGGACAAAAUGCACUGUGUGCCCCGCCUACAAACUCGAACUGGAAGGAUGAGUUGAGAGAUGAAGAAUCAGUCACAGUAAGGUCAUCUCAACUAUAAUCACUGGCAACAAUGACUUCCCUUAAUAUGAAGGUCUAUGGGAGUGUGUAUUCCAUUCAGUGCUAUGAGGAGUUCGGCUCAAUUACGACUUAUGACUUCACUUGCUCUAUAAAAGCUGCUCAGACCAGAGCCACCAGCCCCUAAAAACAUUUGUUACCAGUGAAGAUCACACAGCAACGUUUAAAUGCACUUCAUGUACAGCUCUUUGGAUAAUACAGUCUUUUUUUUGUUAAUUUUAUCACAGAUUGUACUUUCCAGUGCUGCUUUUGUUAAACUUGUACAACGGAGUCCCAUCCCGGAUAUUAUUAAAGAAAUGCUCUAAUUUG